AUGGGUCCGUGGACGCAGUCUCACCCAGUUAUCAACACUGGGUCUCACAGCUUGGUUCUGGCAGACAGCAACUUCAUUCUGGCCAAUGCACAAGUGUCCAAAGGCUUCCCGAUUGUGUACUGCUCGGAUGGAUUCUGUGAACUCACUGGAUUUGCCCGAACUGAGGUCAUGCAACAGAGCUGCGCAUGCAAGUUUCUGUACGGACCGGAGACCAGCGAGCACAUAAUUCUUCACGUGGACGCGGCACUCGAGGAACGGAGCGAGCUCAAGGAGGAAAUAAUGUUCUACAAAAAGAGUGGUAGUGUUUUUUGGUGUCUGCUGGAUAUUGUGCCUAUUAAGAAUGAGAAAGGAGAUGUCGUGCUGUUCCUCGCCUCUUUUAAAGACGUCACCGACACCAAAGCCAAAUCUACACUUGAGGAGAAGAAAGAAGAGUGCCGGCGUGAGAAGGUCAAGGGAGACUCUCCGUUUGGCUCCACGAGACUGCGAUCAAGCACAGUUCUCUACCACAUUUCAGGACACCUGCACAACCGUCAGAAACAGAGCAAAAUUAAACUUAACAAGAAUGUGUUUGGGGAUCCACCCGCUCUGCCUGAAUAUAAAGUCGCUGAUGCCAAGAAAUCCAAGUUCAUUCUUCUCCACUUCAGCACCUUUAAAGCAGGCUGGGAUUGGCUGAUCCUUCUGGCUACCUUUUAUGUGGCUGUUACGGUGCCGUACAAUGUUUGUUUUAUAGGUGAUCAAGAUUUGACACGCAGCACCACCGUCACUGACAUUGCUGUUGAGAUACUCUUUAUCAUUGACAUCGUGUUUAGUUUCCGCACGACGUAUGUGAGUAAGUCUGGGCAGGUGAUCUUCGAUGCUCGGCAGAUCUGCAUCCAUUACAUGACCACCUGGUUCAUCAUCGACCUGGUUGCUGCUCUCCCCUUUGAUCUUCUUUACGCUUUCAAAGUCAGCGUGGUGUCAGUGGUCCAUCUGCUAAAGACCGUCCGCCUGCUGAGACUCCUGCGUCUGCUGCAGAAGAUGGACCGCUACUCCCAGCACAGUACGGUGGUGCUGACCCUGCUCAUGUCCAUGUUUGCUCUGUUGGCCCACUGGAUGGCUUGCAUCUGGUACAUCAUUGGCAAGAAGGAGGUGGAGAGUAACGCAGACACCUGGGAUAUUGGUUGGCUGCAUGAGCUGGGCAAGCGUUUGGAGUCUCCAUACGAGGGGGUGGCCAACAGAACGCUGAGCAGCGGACCAUCUUUACGGAGCAUCUACAUCGCAGCGCUGUACUUCACCCUCAGCAGCCUGACCAGCGUGGGCUUCGGAAAUGUCUCUGCCAACACAGACGCAGAGAAGAUCUUCUCCAUCUGCACCAUGCUCAUCGGAGCGUUGAUGCACGCUCUGGUCUUCGGUAAUGUGACAGCCAUCAUUCAGCGCAUGUACUCCCGUUGGUCCUCUUACCACACGCGCACUAAAGACCUGAAGGACUUCAUCCGUGUACACCACCUGCCUCAGAGCCUCAAACAGCGCAUGUUGGAGUACUUUCAGACCACCUGGUCUGUCAACAACGGCAUUGACUCCAAUGAGCUUCUAAGAGAUUUUCCGGAUGAGUUGCGUUCGGACAUUGCAAUGCACCUGAAUAAAGAGAUCCUAGAGCUGUCGGUCUUCUCGUCUCUGAGUCGUGGGUGUCUCCGCUCUCUCUCUCUGCACAUAAAGACUUCCUUCUGCGCACCGGGCGAGUACCUUCUGCGUCAGGGAGAUGCUCUACAGGCCCUUUUCUUCGUCUGCUCUGGCUCUAUGGAGGUGCUCAAGGACAACAUGGUGCUUGCCAUUCUCGGUAAAGGUGACCUGAUUGGUGCAAACAUGUCGGUUGGUGACCGUGUCAUAAAGACGAAUGCUGAUGUGAAGGCGCUAACCUACUGCGACCUACAGUGCAUUAAUCUGAGGGGUCUGUAUGAGGUGCUGGAUCUGUAUCCUGAAUACUCUCACCGGUUUGUGCAGGAUAUCACACAUGACCUCACCUACAACCUGAGAGAGGGCCAAGAGAGCCAUGUCAUAUCCAGGAUGUCCAGUAAGUCCAUGGACACACAGAUGGAGGGGAGGGGAAACGGAGAUGCGAUCCAGUGCUAUCCACCAAUAGCUGAGCAUCACAAUGAAGAAGAUGACGAUGACGACGACGAUGAAGAUGAUCAGAUACAGUACCUCAGCGGUGGAGGCAAACAGAAAACACACAUGCAGAAAAAUGAUCACCAAACCAACAAAAAGCUCCACAUUCAGCACACCACUGUCACGAAACCUGACCUCGGAAAUCUCAGCCCAAGGGUCGUGGACGGCACGGAGGACAGUGAUGGCACAGAAAACUCCCACACGUUCAUAUUUUCCUCUGCUCAUCAGCACAGCGUCAGUGGUGCGACCAACACCACUGCCACCACAGCAGAAUUAGCUGCUAAAUCGGAGGACACCCGAGGACAGCUACGCCAUCUUAACCAAGAGGUGAGUUCCCUGGGACGAGAGGUGGCUGAACUGGGACGAGUCAUGCGGAGUCUUGCCUUUCUCAUCGAAUCCAUGAUGGCUUCACCACAAACACCAGGUGUCUACACAUCCACCUUUACCUCGGGACAUCCCUCUCCUCCCGUCCCCUUCCAAGGCCAGGGCUCAUCCUGGUCCAGCCCAAAUUUUCCUUCGCCGAUGCACCCCGGAAUACAUCCUGGAGGCCUUAUAUCGCUUCCACUCAGACCACAAGAACUACAGUGCAGUCGCCCGGACCCGCUCGCAAAGCCUGGAGACACCUCAUCCACAACAUCACCAACACAUCCCACAUGCCCCUGGAACUUUACCCCGAGUGGGACAGCCAUCGCUGGGAGAAGGGGAGGAUCUCAGGUCCCUAGGUUUGUAGCAAUUAACCUUCAAAACAGACAAGUUCCACUGGAAAAAAAACCUGCGUGUUGACCUGGACUCAGGACUGGACUGAUCAGAUAAGUGGUACACGCACUGCCAAAGCCAUGGAGCAAUGGUUCCUUCGAAGAUUUACGUGUUUACCAUCUCAGUUUUUAAGAUAAUCUAUCUAACGGCAUGUCUUUCAAUACUAGAAGCUAAAGGGAUAUCUCGAGAUAAAUAAAAAAAAACUUGUUUGCGCUCGGAAAUAGUGCAUUUUACAAUUAGCACAAAUAUGCAGCAGGUAAUACCUUGAACUGCAAAUCAUUAUUUGAUGGGAGGCUAACAAAUGAUUAAAUUAGUACAUAAUAUUGAGUUUUGACUAAACAUGGAUGUCACUAACAUGAAUAGUUUUGAAGUGCUCACAUGCAAAACUUACAGCAAAUGCAAGAGAAUGAUUUCUGGUAUGCUAGGAGAAGCAGAACGACUUAUCAGUUUACCGCCCGGGGUCAUCGUGUUGUGAAAAUCAUUAUCAGACCAUUAAGGGGAUAGUUUACCACAAAAGAAAAAUUUACUCAUCAAUUACUCACCCUCAAGCAUUUCUAAAGCUUUAUGAGUUUCUGUUUUUCUGUUGAACACAAAUGAAGAUAUUUCGAAGAAGGUUAAAAAACUGUAGCUAUAGAUGUCCUAGUAGAACAAAAGAUACUAUGGAAGUCAGUGGAUGUAAAUUUUCAAGAUUCAUCAGAAUAUCUUCUUUUGUGUAUAAGAGAGGACAAAAAAAAAGUUUGGAACAAGUAAAUAAUGAGUUUCAUUUCAGAAUUAUUUCAGAAUUUUCAUUUUUGGGGUGAACUAUGCCUUUAAAUAUUAUCUACCUCAAUUGGUGCAUUUAGAUUAUGAUCAUAUAAUAUAAAAUUUGAUCUGUGGGAAGUUUUAUUCUGCAUGAAGGCGAAUGAAGUGGGCUAAUAACUAAAUAGCAUAAGCCUUUAAUGCAUCUUGGACAUUCGUGACUAAUGUUGGCCAUUUCACAUCUUCCAGAUUUUCCUUAAUGUACAGAUUUGACUAUUAAACACACUUAAAAUAAUAAAAACACAUGGAUCCAAACAUACACCAGUCGCCAGUGUGUACAUCUGAGGAACUGUAAGUUAGUCAUUAUAUUUAUAUUUAUUCAUUAAAUGGUUUUAUUAAAUUAUGCAUCUGACUCUUUUAACAGUCUUAUCUUUUUACUUACUGAAAAAAACUUUUCACUUUGGGUGAGGAUCCUUGCAUUUUUGAGUGUCAAUAGCACGCUGUCAUGCUAGUGACAAUGUACUUCUGAACUAGACACAUCACAUUAUUACAGAUUAAUUAGAAAUAUGUACCUCAGUGAAUAAUAAUUUACUUAGGGGGUUUUCGUUAUAUGUUUUAGAUAAAAGUCUUAAUUUCUUCUACACGUUUGUGAGAAGGUUUAGCUUGUUGUACAGUUCGCCCAGCAAGCCACAGACCAAAACCCAACAGUGAUUACGUUUACAUGGACAUCAGUUAUCGAAAUAUUUGCCUUAAUCUGAAUAAGACGAUAAUAUGAUUAAGGUGUUUAUAUGAUUUGCAUUUUGAAUGCAUGUUUUACAUGUUAUUGCACAUAAUUCGAUUAAUGCAUUGCGUCAUCACGCUAUCCGCAUUUCCUUCAGAUUUUCGUGUUUUUUUUGGGUGUUUUGUUUAUAGUUUGUCGACUUUAACUGCAGUUUGGCACUUUCACUUACAGUAUAUUCAGGAGCAUUUUAUGCAUGCCCCCUGUGACAAACGAGAUAUAUCAUGCAAGUAUGCUGCUGGAAGUUCAUAUUUUAAUAUAAUUUGAUACUGCACGCCGUAUGGGAAAAGAAACCUCUGCAUUUUGCAAUGCAGGUGUCUGUGGUCGGUAGAUGCAGAGAAUAGUGUGUAUGGACUAUCCUGUCGCAAAACAUGGCAAAAAGUCAGAAAUGACGAUAACAGUUUGAUUGCGGUGUUUACAUGUCUGUACUGCACUUCAAU